UUCUGCCAAGACCAAGACAACGACGAACGAUGCAACGAGGAGGCAGCGCGUACGGACUCGAUAAGGAGCUCGCGACCAAGGCGAUGGCCAAGUACGAUACGAACGCCGAGGCCGAAGCGCGCGACUGGAUCGAAGCCAUCACGGGCAAGGCCAUUGGGCCCGACUUUGGCCUUGGCUUGAAGGACGGCGUGAUCCUCUGCGAGCUCGCCAACGUCGUCGACCCGACGAGCCGCAUCAAGAUCUCGGCGUCGACAAUGCCCUUCAAGCAGAUGGAGAACGUCACGGCCUUCAUCCGCGCCUGCCGCGGUAUGGGCGUCAUGGAGUUUGACUUGUUUGAGACUGUGGACCUAUUCGAGCAAAAGGACCUCGGCGUCGUCGUGCGCUGCCUGCACGCGCUGGGCCGCACGCUGCAGAAGAAGGGCACGUACAACGGACCUCUUCUCGGCGUGAAGGAGUCGACGCGCAACGAACGCACGUUCACCGAGGCGCAGCUCGCCGAAGCGCGCCACGCGACCUCGCUCCUCAACAUGGGCAGCCAAGCGAUCAUGGAGCGCCCGAACAUUGACGUCACGACCGGUGUGACCUUUGGCGCCGACUCGACGACCGACCUCCCGCCCGUCUCGUCGGGCUACUCGUCGCCGCCCACAUCGUCGACCAUUGCCGCGAUCCCGACGAUUCUGACCAAGAACGCCCAAGGCGCCUUCUCGUCCCCCGACAAGCCGCUGCAGCGCACGCCGUCCGCAAACAAUGGCUCACCGACGAAAGCAUCGUCCUCCGUGGCAGCCCGUUGGAUGUCGGCAGCGCAGCCCAACAACACGACGCCGACCCCGUCGGUGACGCCACCCAAGCAAACGCCAGCACCCGUCCAGCGCACCCCGUCGGCUCAGUCUGUCACACCGCCGAAGCAAGCCACGCCGGCGCCUGUCCAGCGCAUUCCGUCAACCCAGUCGGUGACGCCGCCCAAGCAAGCCACGCCGGUCCAAAUCCGGGGCGGCGGCUACGGUCUGGAUGCAGAGCUUGCGGCCAAGGCGGUCGUCAAGUACGACUAUGCGCUGGAAGCCGACGUCAAGCAGUGGAUUGAAGCCGUGACGCACCGGACGCUCGGCGAGUUUGGCCCGAGCCUCCAGAACGGCCAGGUGCUCUGCGUGCUCAUCAACACACUGUACGCGAUCUCGAUGGCGGACGAGACGCCGAUCAAGGUCGACGCGUCGUCGGUCGCGUUCAAGCAAAUGCAAAACAUCAAGCACUUUUUAGACGCGGCCAAGGCGAUGGGCGUUGCAUCUGUGGACGUUUUCGAGACGGUCGACCUCUUUGAGCUCAAGGACUUGGGCGCCGUCGUACGCUGCCUUCUGGCUCUGAACCGCGCCGUCGUCAAGAAGUUACCGGCGUACCCUGGCCCGGUGCUCACGGCUGUGGCCCCCGCCGCCGCUCCGUCGACACCGGCCAAGCCCGUUGCAACACCUAUUGUUGCUACGCCGGCCGAGACACCGACGUCGUCGUGGACGGCCCCCGUGGCGUCGUCGUGGACGACACCGAUCGCCAAGGCGCCCGAGACUCCGGCGGUCGAGACCAAGCCGGGCGUGAACGCAAUGCUCCGCCACUCGUCCUCGAAAGGUCUUCCGACGCGAACCAACUGGCAGUAGCGUGUGGUUGUCUGGAAUUAUUUCUAAUACUAUUGUGAUGGAUCCGAAAACCAGUCUCGCACGUCACCAGACUGUCGUCGA